AUGGCAGUUGGGUUCACUUUGCGCAGCAAAGUCUCAAGAUGUGGGAGCAGCGAAAAGCACAGUAGCGAGAUGCCCACACUGAGGGGGCACUUGGAUGCACUACACAAGUCCUACCACUUCCAACAGAUAGAAAGCACACGAGUCUCUUUCAUUGCCCAAUAG